AUCAGCUGUUCUCUUGUAAAUUUGUUAUUUUUACUAAAAUUUUACAAUAAUAAAUAAGAUUCAAAUUAAAAGUUUUGCAAGAAUUUUAGUUAUGGUUGAAGAAACUUUAACUCAAAAUAAACCAAGAUUAAAAACUGCAAGGCCUAAACCAGUAUAUUUAUGGACAGUAGCUGAUGUGCAAAAAUGGUACAGAAGGCAUUGCGCCGAUUAUAUAGUAUACGCAGAGCUAUUUUCAAAGCACGAGAUCACUGGUAGAGCUUUGCUUCGAAUAAAUGAUAAUUCUUUACAACGAAUGGGAGUAACUAACAAUAGGGAUAGGGAGGCGAUUUGGCGAGAAAUAGUUAAACAAAGAUUGAAAAUGGAUGUUAUGGAAAUUCGAGACUCCGAAAAUAAUAUUUAUUCUUAAAUUUGGAAAUUUAAACCUCAAUGUAGAGAACAAAGAGUGAGACUAAAUUUAAUUUUCUAUUAUCCAACUAUCUAUGUAGGAGCAUGUACAUACAUUAGCUAACUAUGUAUAUCUAUAUAAUAUUUAGUUCUAGUUUUUAGCAAAAUAAUUUUGCAAAACGAUUUUAAAAU